CGGGACAGACCUACGCGUGCUCAACCACACACUAAAAAAAAAACAAAAAUAAAAAAAGCAUAAAAAAAGCACAUAAAAAAAACGAACCACGCAAAAAAAAAAAAAAAACAGUGCCAGAUGCUCACGGAAAGCGUCAUCAGUGCCGUGUUCGAGCGGAGGGCCUUGUGGGACGCUGGCCACCCCCAGCACAAGAACGCGAUGGUGCUCAAGAAACUCUGGGUAGACAUCGGCAAGGAGUUAAACGCGUCAGAAAAAAUAGCGAGGAACAAAUGGAAGAACGCCAGAGAUUACUACAGACGAGAGCUGAAGAAGAUGGAAGCAAAAGGACCAUCCGGAGAACAGGUAUCUAGUACUUGGCCAUUUUUCCAACAGAUGGCCUUCCUAAAGAAUGUUCUUACACCCGAGUCUCGAUUCGCGAACCUACCCCUGGGAAUAGUCGACGGGGAAGACGUCAAGGAAAAGGGUUGUGAAGUUCGGUUUUCAAGCCUCCCUUGGCCACCGUCUCCGCCAGAUAAAUCCAGUAAAAGAUCCUCCGAAGCUGUGACCUCUCAAGAACCCAGCGGGGAAGGGAUCAAGCGACUUCGACGGAGCCAAGAACGCGCGAGCAAAGACGCCGACGAUGCUACAGCAGGAAAGAGGAAAGCACAAGCACUUCAGGAGGAACAGGAGGAUUUGGAAGACGAUGACUUGCAUUUCUUCAAGAGUUUGUUACCUUACAUGAAGAAAAUGUCGGGUACGAAGAAACUGCGGUUGAGGGCGCAGAUACUGGACUUGCUCUUGUUGCAAGAGAAUGACCAGCUGGAAAACUAGAUCCAGUGCCUAUUGCAACUUUCUGCGAGUCAGGUCCUCCCGGUGACGGACACUUUCACGUAAGCAACACUAGAGUCCGUUGUUUAGGCUAAGAAUUAAUUUUUUUGUAAUUUUUUUGUAAUUUUUAUUUUAUUAUUAUUAUUAUUUUUUUUGUAAUUUGGAGUAUUUGUUCCAAAAGUAUGGGGACACUGAUAUAUACGGAGGAGAUAUUUUUUACUUUAAAUGUAAAGAUCAGAUACGCUUACUUAAGAAAAACUUCCACCGGAUAUAAGUUACGAGUUUAUGGAUAAUAUGAAUUACA